GUUUAAACACACACACACACACACACCCUACCAACCAAGCUUCACAACUUCAAACCCUUGUUUGCCGUACGUCACCAACACAAGAUACAAGAUCCUUUCUUUUCUGUGCAGUUCUAAAGUAUCCGUACCAGUUUCCAAAUGGCUCCUUCAUUCUUCAAGUUCUUGCGCGAUCCAUCCGCUUCUCGACUGUCAUUGCCACCUGCUUUUGUUAGAGAGCAUCUAGUAGAGAAUAUCCCGAAUGGCCCAAUAAUUAUAUCGGCAAGCGGAGGGCAUUCUUGGACAGUGAAGAUCGAAAAGAUUGGAGAUAAUCUCUAUUUCACCAAUGGAUGGGAAAAUGUCCCCUUGGAUUUUUCCGAUUUUCUUAUCUUUCACCUUGUUGAUCCAUCCACCUUUCAUAUGACAAUCUUUGGUUUAAAUGGGUGUGAACGAAUCCUGCCACAAAAAGAACAUGAUGCUGAUGAGGUUGAUGAAGAUGUUGCUAAUGACUUUAAAGAUGAUGAUCAUCAUCAUAAUGACGAAGAUGUUGCUGAUGAGUUUGAAGAUGAUGACGAUCAUGAUUAUAAAGAAGAAGAAGAAGAAGAAGAAGAGAAAGAAAAUAAUGAUCAAGUGAAUGGUGAUGAUGAUGCUGAUCCUUUCUUUACUUCGGUUAUCACCAAAACGCACAAAAGCAUGUUGCGGUUGCCGGUGAAAUUUGUUGGGUCGGCUGGAAUAAAGGCUGAUAAAAUAAUGGCGAUGAAGAAUGUUGACGGAGAAGAGUGGUAUAUGUAUUCGCGGGUGGAAAUAUCACAUGGUACGGAAAGGUUCUAUUUGACUAGCGGAUGGCGUGCUUUCCUGCAAGAAAACGAUUUAUGCGAAGGAGACGAAUGCGUAUUCAAGUUCGUUAGAAGCGAAGGCACGUUGUUGCUAGCGAAAGUGACAAAGAAAGAAUUUCUUGCUCGGAAACCGAAGAGGGGGCGCCCGGCAAAGAAGCCACAGCCAUCUGGAAAUGUUCCAAUGACUGAGCCGGUGAAAAAGAAAAGGGGGCGACCCGCAAAGCAGCCACAACCAUCGGGUGAAAUUCUUGUGACUGAGGCUGCGGAAGCCGAAAAGGAAAAGGGGGCGGCCAGCAAGGCAGCAGUUGUGAAUAGAUAAUACACCUCUUAGGUGGCCAUAAAGUUACUCUUGAUUUGAUUCGUAGCUAUAAGAAGUAUUUUGUUGCAAUGGGUCACUUAAUAAGACUUCAUAUUGGGCGGGCAUGCAGUUCUCCUUAUUUAAGUCCUAGAAUUUGAACC